ACCAUACAUGUUGGUCGCCAGCUGAGUGAGGGAGUGCAUGGUGUGCCACAAACUGGUUAUUAUACUGUAUUGUAUAUAGCAGGCAAAGUUGAAGUUGUAAUGUGGGGAGAAUUUGAAGGUGAUGAAAAUGAAAAGAAAUCCGAAGAGCUUGAUGCCUCAGCUUCACCAGAACUGUGUAGACAAUCUGAGGAUCCAGAGGUUGUGUUGUCCUUGCCUCCGCUGAGAGACCGUUUAAUCCAUUACAUGGCAGCGAGUACUAUCAUCUUGAAGAGUCAACAAAGAUAUGAGCCAGACCUUACAUAUCAAGAAAGGAAGGAUAUAGUUCAAAAGCUUCUUGAUCAGAAACCAGGGCAGUUUUUGUACAGGUUUGGAAAGCAGUUAGAGAGAGAACAUCUUCAAUACUUCCUGAAAUAUGAAGGUGAUGCAGAAGUAGACCAUUAUCUCACUGAAGCAUUGAAGCAUAAAAAUGAGCACACCAAAAAAAUCACAGUGCUGAACAGGAGAUAUUCUGCGCUACAGAAGCUCCGCCGUUCUGGAGAUUACUUUAGUGAAAAAGAGAUGGAACGCCGAAAUCCACUUCUUUAUGACCAACUUAUUGGUAAACACCAAACAAGUGAAGAGAGAGAAGAUAAAUAUAAAAUAGAUAAAAGUGAUGUCAAAUUUUCUACCAUCCUUCUGGCACACAUUGAUAACUGUCUUGACAAUGACUUAAAAAAGCAACAAGAAGACCAAGAAUAUGAAGUAAUAGAAGAAGAGGAAACUGAUCAUGAGGAAGAAGAAAUGGAUAAUCCAGUGGAAUCAGGAGAGAAGCGAUUGUUUAAGGAAGAAUUCUACUCCGUAGGAUAUUACAAUUUUUUGAGAGGGAACGAUGAAGACUUCGACUAUGGACAAAUUGACACCAAUGAUGCUUAUGACCCUUUAGACAUCCAUGCAAGAGAUGAGGAAGAGAGAUAUUUUGAUGAUGAUGAUGAGGAGGAGAAUGAAAACCCCUGCAAUUUAGGGAUGGAUUGCAAUGGUAGUGAUAAUGUUGAUUUUGAUAUGCAUGAUGAUGAUGUACAAGAAAACUAUGUAAUGCAAGAAGACACUUCUAGUGGAAUAUCUAAAAAUCAUACUGUUGAAGUUCAUACAAAUGACAAAAUAAAUACUACCAAUAAAAUUCAUAAUAGGACUCCAGGGCAAGAUUCUUUUGACCAUUCUUUGAUGGAUAUUACCGACACAGACUCUGUCUCCAAAACUUGACACACUGAGGAACAUUGGUGAUAAGAAACUUGACACACUGAGGAACAUUGGUGAUAAGAAACUUGACACACUGAGGAACAUUGGUGAUAUGAUACUGUAGUCAUAAGUUUAAAAGUUUCACAUAUUGAAUAUUAUCUGUGUUUUCCAGUGAGGGCAAAAUAAAGAGAAUCAUACAGAAGGAAUGUAAUACUGUACAUAUUAGUGGAUUUGAUAGGCUGAUCAUUGCAAAGUUCACAUUCCAGAGACAAUAUCUAGAUGUUUUACUUUCACUUUGUUUAGGGUUCUGCAAUCCAAGUUUGGUGGAUAGAUCCCAGAGUUAAAUAGGGAAGCUACAUUAAUGUACAUACAGAAUAGGAUUUCCUUUUUGUUGUAUACAUUAUUGGUUACAAUAAAUUGUGAAUGUCAAGUAUGAACUUUGUUCCUUUACCAGGUGAAGGAACAAAGUUCAUCAGUACCUGGUAAAGUAGUUCUACACCCAGUAUAAAUGGUCCUAACGAAAAUAUACGUCACGUACAAACCUGA